UCGCCUCGUCCUCCCCCUCCUCCUCCUCUCGCCCACGCCCAGCCCAGCUCCCCACCCAUCUCCAACCCAAAUCCUCGCCACUUCGCCAUUACGCUGACGCCAAGAACGACCCAGCAGUAGCCGUAGCCACGCCGCCGCGGUUCAGCUCCCCGCCUCCGCUACGCGCCGCCGGGACGACGACAUGGGCGCCGCCGAUAACUCCGGGCCGCGGCAGGAUGCGCCGGAGAGGGGAAGAGGAGGGGGAGGAGGGAGGGCGCCGGAGGGGGAGCCGGAGGCGAAGGAGAGGGAGGUGAAGGUGGUCGUGGUGGACGAGCCGCCGGGGGCGCCGGUGGCGAGGCUGCAGGCGCAGCGGCCGCUGGCGCCGCUGCAGGUCACCACGCAGGCGCCGCCGCCGCUCAUCCCCGUGGCCUCCGGCGGCGUGGAGCCGCCGCCACAGGUGGCGACUUUCCAGCCCGUCUUGCAGACCCCACCACAGGUGGCGUUCGCGUCGCUCAAUUCGCGCGUGUACACCAAUGGCAUCACGCUUUGCGUGUUCCUGGUGCACCUCGCCGCGGCGACGUUCGCCGUGGGGUUCUUCGUGUUCAGGGCCGUCAAGGACAUCAUGCAGCACCCGCGGUCGCGCAACGCGAGGCGGGAGCGGAGCUUGCUGCGGGGCUGGCUGCCGCCGGUGGAGGGCGCGGUGGUGCUGAGCAUCGUGCUGGCGUUCGCGUGGCAGAAGGCGGUGCGGGCGUGGCCGCGCGCCAUGGUGCGCGUCAUCCUGUGGUCCGGCUUCGGCGUGACGCUGGCUGUGGGCGCGCUGCUGAUGUGCUUCUCCAUGCCGGCCACCGUGGGGCUCGGCGUGGCGAUGGUGAUGUUCUCCAUCGGGACGGGGCUGUACGCGUGCUGGGCGACGCGGCGCGUGGCGUUCACGGAGCAGGUGUUCGAGCGCGCGGUGCAGCCGGUGGACAAGUUCCGGGGGCUGAACGGGCCGGCGUACCUGAUGGUGGCGGCGGGGUUCGUGUGGAUCUCGGUGUGGUGCGUGGCGGUGAUCGGCGCGGCGAACUACCGGUUCCCGGGGCUCACCAUCCUGGGGCUGGUGCUGAGCUUGAUGUGGACGGCGGAGGUGAUGCGGAACGUGGCGAACCUGACGGCGAGCAGGGUGAUCGCGCUCUACUACCUGCGGGGGAUGCAGUCGAGCGUGCAGUUCAGCUUCCAGCGCGCGCUCUCCUACAACCUCGGCAGCGCCUGCCUCGGCUCGCUCUUCGUCCCCACCAUCGAGGCGCUCCGCAUCCUCGCCCGCGGCCUCAACCUCCUCGAGGGCGAGGACGAGUUCAUGUUCUCCUGCGCCCAUUGCUGCCUCCACGUCAUGAACGCCGUCUUCGAGUUCGGCAACAGCUGGGCCUUCGUCCACAUCGCGGCGUACGGGAGAGGGUUCGUGCAGGCGUCGCGGAGCACGUGGGAGCAGUUCGAGCGGCGGCCGGGGAUGCCGGCGCUGGUGGACUCGGACAUCACCAGCUCCGUCUGCUUCCUCACCGGCGUCACCAGCGGCGCGCUCUGCGUCGCGCUCGCCGGCUCGUGGACGUUCGCCACGCACAGGCGCUACACCGCCACCGUCUCGCUGCUCGCCUUCUUCGUCGGAUACCUCAUGGUUCGUUCCUGCACCCCCAUCCUCUCAACACGACGAUCUAACGCGAGUUUCCGUGUGGCGCAGACGCGGAUCGGCAUGGCGCUGCCUCAGGCGUGCGUGGGGUGCUACUACGUGUGCUACGCCGAGAACCCCAUGUCGCGGCUGUUCGACCGCACGAUUCCGGACCGGCUGCGCAAGAUGGAGGAAGGCCGCGACCCGCUCGUGCCGACGCCGCGCUUCCCGCACCAGCCCGCCUGAUCGAUCGCGCCCGACCACACAGCAGAACGAACGAGCUAGAUCGGCUGGUGAUCUCUCGUCGUGUCGCGCGUGCAAAUCUGAGCUUGAGCCUCGCGUGCGUGAGUGGAACUGGAAGAGCAGCUCGAGAUGGAACCGUGGAAUUCUGAGCAUUCAGGAAGGCGCAGGCGAGGAGGCAUUGCAGUCGAAUUCACCGUACCCUUUUCCACUGACAUAUAGAUCUCGGAUUGGAUUUACAUGUCAGUGAUAAAAUAACGUGACUUUGACUGCAGAUGAACAUGAUCCGGCGAGAAGAGUAGGAGAGAAUUUGUGGGCCGACCGACCCUGUCGUUAGAUAUCCUUUUCGCUCUGUAAAUUUUUCCCCAUUUUUUUGACACCUCCAAUUUUUUUUGUUAGUGGAAUUAGAUGACAAGCCUGAACAUUUCAUAUUUCAGGUAUGUAAAGAGACUUUUUCAUUACAUUUAUAGGAAAUUGUUGUGAAUAUUAUCCAACUUUUGUCUUUUUAGCGUGGUGAUUAUUUCCAAGACGAAAUCAUAUGCUGGAUCUUAUGGUUGAAGGUUGCAAAGUAUCAGAGCAGACAUGUGGUUGGACCAGACUAUUCUUGUGGGGACAUAAACAACAUUACAUAGGUUGGUUCAUCACGCAAUAAUGGGGGGUACAUGAUAGUGAAAAAGAAAAUCACAUCUACAGGGUUUUGCUUUGUUGGAUGAGUGGUGGGUGUGUAGUGUGGCACAGGGAAAUAAACCACUACUGUACUGGCAGACUCGGCUGGAAAAGGCUCAUCAACUAUCUGCUGACUAUAGCAUUUCAUUUGAUGAAGUAGGUGUACGUCGAAUUCAGGGUCGUUUAGUUG